GCGUUAGUGGUUGCGACUGUGAUAUAAUAAUUCCUUCCGCAAAGGCUCACAACCUUUUUUGAAUUUGAAUUCUUUUUCCAUUCUCCAUUGACGCCUUGCCUAUCCAGUCUUUGGUAGCGUAGGAUUGCACGACAAGCGUAAUACGCUGCUUAUUUCACUUUGGGGUUUUAUUUCUUGUCCUACCCGACGCACAUCAUACAAAGCCUCCGUUCUCAAACUCAGAUACAGAGCAAAGGCUUCCACCAUGAAGUCCGGCUCAAGGAGCUCCAUGGCCAUUGGCCUGGGCAUGGUUUUCUGGCUAUGCCUUCUUUUCUCACCCCUCGCGUUUGUCAAGACAGCAAACGCGCAAGAUGCGGACAGCUAUGGCACUGUCAUUGGUAUUGAUCUGGGCACGACAUACUCUUGUGUCGGUGUCAUGCAGAAGGGCAAGGUUGAGAUUCUCGUCAACGACCAAGGAAACCGUAUCACCCCCUCAUAUGUCGCCUUCACCGACGACGAGAGGCUAGUAGGAGAUGCCGCCAAGAACCAGGCCGCCUCGAACCCGUUCAGGACCAUCUUCGACGUCAAGCGUCUUAUCGGCCGCAAGUACACGGACAAGGAUGUCCAGCAAGAUAUCAAGCACUUCCCCUACAAGGUUGUGAACAAGGGAGGAAAGCCCGUUGUUUCGGUCGAGGUCAAGGGUGAGACCAAGCAGUUUACCCCCGAGGAGGUCUCGGCCAUGAUCCUUGGCAAGAUGAAGGAGGUCGCCGAGUCCUACUUGGGCAAGAAGGUUACCCACGCCGUCGUUACCGUUCCCGCCUACUUCAACGACAACCAGAGGCAGGCCACCAAGGAUGCCGGUGUUAUUGCCGGUCUCAACGUCCUUCGUAUUGUCAACGAGCCCACGGCUGCCGCUUUGGCGUACGGCCUGGACAAGACCGGCGAGGAGAACCAGAUCAUCGUCUACGACCUUGGUGGUGGUACCUUCGAUGUCUCCCUUCUUUCGAUCGACAACGGUGUUUUCGAGGUCCUGGCCACCGCUGGUGACACUCACCUUGGUGGUGAGGAUUUCGACCAGCGCAUCAUCAACCACUUUGUCAAGCUCCACAACAAGAAGCACAACGUCGACGUCACCAAGGACGCCAAGGCGAUGGGCAAGCUCAAGCGCGAGGCCGAGAAGGCCAAGCGUACUCUCUCGUCGCAAAAGUCGACUCGUAUCGAGAUCGAGUCGUUCUUUGACGGCAAGGACUUCUCCGAGACCCUGACCCAGGCCAAGUUCGAGGAGCUGAACAUGGAUCUGUUCAAGAAGACGCUCAAGCCCGUCGAGCAGGUUCUCAAGGACGCCAAGCUGAAGAAGGAGGACAUCAACGACAUUGUGCUCGUUGGUGGUUCUACCCGUAUCCCCAAGGUUCAGGCUCUUAUCAAGGAGUUCUUCAACGGCAAGAACCCCUCCAAGGGUAUCAACCCCGAUGAGGCUGUCGCUUUCGGUGCCGCUGUCCAGGCUGGUGUUCUGUCGGGUGAGGAGGGUACUGGCGACGUCGUUCUCAUGGACGUCAACCCUCUUACUCUGGGUAUUGAGACCACCGGAGGUGUCAUGACCAAGCUUAUCCCCCGUAACACCCCUAUCCCCACUCGCAAGAGCCAGAUCUUCUCGACUGCGGCCGACAACCAGCCCGUCGUCUUGAUCCAGGUCUUUGAGGGCGAGCGUACCAUGACCAAGGACAACAACCUUCUGGGCAAGUUCGAGCUCACUGGUAUCCCACCCGCACCCCGUGGCCAGCCGCAAAUCGAGGUCUCUUUCGAGCUUGAUGCCAACGGAAUCCUCAAGGUGUCGGCCCACGACAAGGGUACCGGUAACACCGAGCAAAUCACCAUCACCAACGACAAGGGCCGUCUCACCCCCGAGGAGAUCGACCGCAUGGUUACUGAGGCCGAGAAGUUCGCUGAGGAGGACAAGGCUACCCGUGAGCGCAUUGAGGCUCGCAACGGUCUUGAGAACUACGCUUUCAGCCUCAAGAACCAGGUCAAGGACGAGGAGGGUCUUGGUGGCAAGAUUGACGACUCCGACAAGGAAGCUCUUCUCGACGCUAUCAAGGAGGCCACCGAGUGGCUUGAGGAGAACGGUGCUACCGCCGAGGCUGCCGAUUUUGAGGAGCAGAAGGAGAAGCUCUCUGGCGUUGCUUACCCCAUUACCAGCAAGCUGUACAGCGGCGGCGCCGGUGGUGCCGACUCUGAUGAGCCUCGCUCUCACGACGAGCUAUGAUGUGAUACCACUAAGCUUAUAAAUGAUUGGCGUUGGGUCUGUGCACUCGCGUUUCGUGGGUAUUUAGUUUCGCUUGUCAUAAAAGAAUAAAGAGCAUUUCGAUUUUUUUUUCUACUAGGUUUAUGGUAUGCACAAAUAUUACUUCAUUUUUGUUGACUUUGUUUAACUACUAUUUGACCCUGGUGUUGGUAUGGUUGUUGUCUAUAUUCGGAGACACUGUUACAUGUGAUAAGGAGGUUUAUACUUCGCAGGUAAUGAUCUGGUCCGAAAUAUCAGAAUCAGACCAUUGAAACGAAGACAAUUUCUAGGUCUACUCUUUAUUGUGAGUUCUACGAGAGAUCGGAGCUUGCGAAACAAAAACAAUGUGGCUAACGACAGCUACAGGGACUACCACACGCACAGGACAUGACUAGGACGAGUACUUUUCCUACUUCUAAUCACUUUGACAUUUUACUGUCUCUGUCAUCAGGCAUGCGGCCAAGGCGACCUCGACGCAGACACAAUAUUACUUGCUGCUUAUAUUGGGGCCACAUACAGCAACUGAUACGGACGGGUCACUAUCAAGAGAAUAUCUGACUGAGCCUAUGACAAGUCAAUACUCUCCUUGGGUGAACAGGGGCGGGACCCUGAGACAAUCACUAUCCUUGGGGGUCCAUUGCUUGGCAUAACAUCCGGCGGUGAACCGGCUUCCUGUUCGGUUUCCAUCGAGCCUAAGGCAGCCCACUCGAGCCCUAAGCAAGUCCCACUUGGCAAUAUAACCUCCACUGACACUCCCGUCUCCAACAACAAAUGAUGGGAUAUCCAUCUCACGGGGAUAUGGUUUAGUGGUAUAAUGCUUCCUUAGCAGCUUAAAGUUGUAAUAAUUGGAAGAGGUCCCGAGUUCGAUUCUUGGUGUCUCCAUUGUUAUCACA